AUGGAUUGUCGUUUGAAUAUUCUCAAACAAAAUGGAGGACAUCGUUAUCUCAUCCGCCGUCUUUUGAAUGAUGCAACUACAUGGAUCAAUUUUCGUCACCGACUUCUCACCCAGGUGGAGGCCAUUCGAAAGUUCUGCAAUGAAUAUGAGAAUCAAGGUUAUGAAGAUCAGGCUUCCAAAGUAGUCGUGUACACUAUCAGCGAUUUUGAAGAUGUUAUCAAAUCACGAUUUGACGAGUUUGAUGCGGUAUCAUCUGCGCUUAUUCAGUUGGAAUUCAAUUUGGUAUCUAUCAGAGAAGCGCAAAGGUCUACUUCGCUGAAUAUAAGCCUGAAGCGACUUAGCUGGAUUACGUUCAUCUUCCUACCACUCACAUUCGUUGCGGGCUUGUUUGGCAUGAAUGUCAACAUUCUGGCAGACAAUCCACCAUGGUGGUGGUACCUAGUAUUCAUGUUCCUUACGCUAAGUCUAACAAUGCUCGUAUGGCUAACAUGCCGAAAAUUCCCUGACUUGGAGGACAAAGUGAACGAGAAGUUCCCCUGGCUCAAGCCAGAUCGUGCUCGUCAGAAAUUUGGACCUGUAGAGUAG